GGCAAUUCCAGACAGGAACCGCCCCGCCUCGAGCCACAACCGACAAUCACAAUCGAAAGCAAUCAACACGCGUGCUAUCAAGCAAUAUCAUACAAGGACGAGGAAGACUAAAGUCAUCAGACGCUAAGACUUUUAGCAACACCUACCAAUUGCCUCUCUCUCUUGUCACUGAUUCCUUCCACCCAAUCCAGAACCUAAACUACACGCCCACAUACACCCAUCGACAAUGUCAACAACACCAAUUCCUCAAAACAGAUCCUCCAGCCCAACAGUCUUCGAGCAGCAGCGGGCAGAAUUGGUUAGGGAGAUCGCAGUGGGCAUGGAACAAGUCCUUCAAAACAUCAACCGGCUGAACCGGAACCUAGAGAGCAUUAUUUCCGUUGGGAAUGAGUUUGGCUCUGUGGAAGCGCUCUGGUCCCAGUUCGAGAACUUUAUGGGUCGGCCUGGGGAGGAGAAUGAGGCUGGGGAUGGUGGGAAGCAGAAGGCUGGUGCUAGUGGUAGUGGGGGUGGGCAUCAUCUGGAUGAGGAGCAGAGUCAGCUCCAGGAGGAGGACCGGUGAACGGUGAAGACGGAUAGACGGGUCUAUGAUUUAGUUUGAGGUUCGGGUUGUUUUUGUGGGUACGGAUUCGAUUGGUUGAUUGGUGGCGUAUGGUAGAGGAGUUGUUUUGUUUUUACUUCUGCUUUUACUGUUGUAGUAGCUAUUUUUGUUACGUUUUUCCAUUUCUGCUUUUCUCUGGUUGCUAUCGGAAAUAUCGAAAUACGGAUACCAUAUGGGGGCAAUAACAGAGUUUAUGAGUUUGACAACAAAACAAGUUCAACAAUUCAAGUACACGGGAUUU